AUGAAGUGGAGCUCUGAUGACUACUUGCUAGAAAGGUUUGGAUCCGAAAAGAUAUCCGGCGUUGAACAUAACUUGAAGGAGACGCGCGCGGGUGGGCAGGUUGAUGGUAUGAGGAAGCUCCGUGACUUCCUUGGUCAGUACAACAGCACUGAUAUCUACAUGGUUUCGGGAGUCCCGAAGCAGAUGAUGAAGGAGGUCGAGUUUCUGCCAUGUCUGGAAUGUGGUGGGUAUCUGAAAUUCCUAGACACAAACAAUUUGUGGAUGGGCCGUGGAGGCAGCAAAUCAGUGGUCCACUACGAUGACCAGGACAACAUCAAUUGCAUGAUAGCCGGAGAGAAGCGGUUUGUGUUCAUGCACCCAUCCUACAAGGAAGCCUUUGAGGCGCAUCCCAACACUGCGAAGAAUCGGUUUGGCUGGGUGGACACAGAUUUAGACAGGUCUAUACCUGGCUACGGCGCUUUCAUGGGAAAGAUCGACAUAGACAAGAUGGAUUUGGUGAAGUAUCCUGGGUGGGUAGAUGUCAAGUGGAGCUACGCUGACCUCAAGCCUGGUGAUUGCUUGUACAUCCCCUUCCAAUGGUACCACCAGGUGACUGCCAAAAAGGGUCGUUCCAUCAAUGUCCACAUCUGGUACUGGAGGCCUGCAAAAUUCGAUGUUGCAAGCUGUGAUUCAAAGGACAAGGAGCAACGUACGCCGACCACCUUUGCAGAUUGCAGCUGGGGCUACGAGCCUAAUGGGGGACAUCUGGGCAAAGCGCAGAAGGGAUGGAAGAAGCCUACAAAAUGCAAGAAGGCCAGGAAUCCCCAGGAGUUGUGA